AAAUGAGUAAUCUGCAAAGGAGUGAUGGCAGCUGUAAUAAUAAUAAUACUCAAUUUAUUGCAAAAAAAACAACCAAAAUUAUUGUUUCUUUCUUUCCUCACCUCUUCUGGGUCCCCGCAAGGUUGAUGGUUCAUGCGCAAUCCUGCUAGACAAUCAGCUGACUGCGCAGAAUAACUCCGCAGUCGGAAAAGUGAGUGGCAAAGUAUUUUGUGUAUGUUUACAUCAGCUGUUUGGCUGAAACAACUGAAAAAUAAUGCCUUUUAUAUCAAAAGACUGGCGCUCACCAGGAGAAGCCUGGGUGAAAACAGAAGAAGGCUGGGAAAAGAAAAAAGUUUUAGAAAACCGCAAAACAAUCAAACAAAAUACUGCGGAAGAACCUUCGACGUAUGCUAACAGCGAGACUGCUAUACAACCCCAUUGCCACAUCACAAUUAAAUCCACUAAAGAAAUAGCGGGAUUUAAUGAACUAAACGAAGCAGUCAAAAAAUUAGACUUUAUGAGUGCUGUGAGAGACGUAAGGCGUUUUAAUUACAUUUGUGCUUUACUUGGACUACUCAUUGGUCAACAAAUGACAGCUUUAUCGGGCUGUGCACAGAAAGUACUUUUAGCAAUGCUGGAAGAAGUUGCCACUCAGGCUAUCGCAAGUCAACAUAAUCCUAGAAACUUUCGUCAGUUGCUGAAUAAUCUGCGAGCUUUGAGUGCCGCAGAACGGUCGGCUUGCUGGGGUGGACUCUUGGGUUCACAGAUGCUAUGGAGUGAACACACUGCAAAAAUAGAACGUAUACUCAAAAUGGCUGCUAACAUGCAGAUUUGCGAACUUCAUCCAGAUUCUAGACCUCAACUGUUGCAGUUACCUGAGGAAUGCCUUCGUGAGAUUAUUUUGAGAUUAUCAGACCAUAGAGAUUUGACUGCUAGUGCCCAAGCCUGCGAACAAAUGGCUUCUAUAGUUGGGGAACAACGUGUUUGGAGAGAACUGACGAAAUUCCAUUUUUCACCUCAGCAAAUAGAUUUAGUUUUACCCAAGAACUGUGGAAAAGUCGACUGGAAAGAAAUUUAUCACUCGCUAAAAAAAUCUUUUGGAAUAAGUGAAGAUCGACAAUAUGCAGAAAUGUUAUCAUUAUGUCGAUAUUGUAGAUGCCUCUUUUGGAGAUCUCUAGGACAUCCGUGUAUAGCAGACCAGUGUCCAGAAUUUCGUGCUAGACUUCAAGAAGCUGGUGGAAUUACUCCACCUAGUCCUGUUCCACCCUCUGCUUUUCUGAAAUUCUUUUCAUUGUAGUAGCCUUCGUCCAUAUUUAAUUUAUUAUGCUUCUGUUGCAAUGUGAUACAUAUUUUUGUGUAAUUAGGGGCCGCUAUCUGAUGUAGAUAUACCGAAUUUAAAGUAUAACAAAUUAAUAUUUUUACGUACUCAUUUAAGAAGUGUGUAAUUUUUCAUGAAAAAUAUAUGAAGUCGUAUUUUGUUGA